AUGUCAGAUGAGUUGUUCUACUCUACCGCCUCGCUUCUCCGAAGAAUAAUUUCUGAGGAUUUUCCUGAAAAAGUUUCAGUGGUGCUGAUCGGUGGAGUCAUGCCUCCAAAACAGCCCAACACUGGCCUCUUUGUAGGUCUAAACAAAGGACAUGUUGUAACAAAGAAGGAAUUGGCACCACGCCCUUCUGAUAGAAAAGGGAAAACCAGUAAAAGAAUACAUUUGGUGAGAAACCUCAUCAGGGAAGUUGCUGGUUUUGCUCCAUAUGAGAAGCGAAUCACUGAACUUCUUAAAGUUGGAAAAGACAAGCGUGCACUCAAAGUGGCAAAGCGAAAGUUGGGCACGCACAAGAGGGCAAAGAAGAAGCGUGAGGAGAUGUCUAAUGUUCUCCGCAAGAUGAGGUCUGCUGGAGGUGGUGAGAAGAAGAAGUGA